AUGGUUGUUGAGGCAUUUCUUUCGUCUUUCUUUGGUGUGGUUUUUGAGAUGUUGGCUUCAAGUAAUUUAGUAGGCUAUUUCCAUAAUGUCAAACUUGACACACUGGUAGAGGAACUUGAGUCUAUACUCAAUUCUAUCAACCAAGUGUUGGAUGAUGCAGAGAAGAAGCAAUACGAGAAUCCAGACGUGAAGACGUGGCUUGGUGAUGUUAAACAUGCUAUGUAUGAGGCUGACCUACUAUUAGAUGAGAUUGCCACUGAUGCACCAUUGAAGAAGAUGAGAGUCGAAUCUCAACCAUCUACCAGCACUAUCUUCGACUUCAUUCCAACUCUUACUAAUCCAUUUAAAUCCAGGCUCAAAGAAUUGAUAGAGAGCCUAGAUUCUCUUGUAGGGCAGAAGGAUGAGCUGGAAUUGAAAAAACGAGUGUGUGCUUAUAAUGAAGAUGGAGUCAAUUUGGAACUUUCAGAAAGACUACCCACUACAUAUUUGGUGGAUCCAUCCCGCAUAUAUGGUAGAGAUGCUGAUAAAGAUGAAAUGAUCAAAGUUUUACUUUCAGAGAAUGGCAGUGAUAACCAGGUACCUGUAAUUAGCAUAGUGGGUCUAGGUGGAAUGGGUAAGACCACUUUUGCUAAGCUUGUGUACAAUGACCACGCGAUAGAGGACCAUUUUGAACUUAAAGCUUGGGUCUAUGUCCCAGAACCUUUGGAUGUUGUUGGACUCACCAAAGAAAUUCUCAAGUCAUUUCAUUCUUCAUUAGAUGAUGAAUCUGUUUUCAAUCUACUCCAACAGCAAGGUUUGCUAAAGUGUUGCGGAACAGGAAAAAGUGAAGAAGAGUUGGCUAAAUCAGUGUCAGGAGAAUUUUGUAUGCAAAUAGACGAAGCUAAGGUGCAAGGGUUGGGUAAUGUCAUUGCUCCUGUAGAUGAUGCGAUAGCAACUUUGAAAGAUAAGAAGUAUUUAGAAGAAAUACUUAUGAAAUUCAAUAGCAGAAGAGACGAAAUGUAUGACUCAAUAGUUGAAAGCAGCGUGUCUGUCUUGGAGGCUCUUCAACCAAAUAGCAACUUAAAGAGGCUCACUAUUGAGAACUACUUUGGCAUUAUGUUUCCAAAUUGGAUAAAUGGUUGUCAUUUACCCAACUUAGUAUCUUUUACAUUGCAUAACUGUGGAUUAUGUUCCCAUUUGCCAUCACUUGGGCAGCUCCCCUACCUCAAAGAGCUUUUCAUUUCAGAUUGUACCGGAAUAAAGAUAAUUGGCGAAGAGUUUUAUGGAAAUAACUCAACAAGCGUUCCGUUCAGGUCCCUUGAAGUAUUGAAAUUUGAGAGGAUGGACAAUUGGGAGAAAUGGUUUUGUCUUGAUUCUCUUGAAGGUUUUCCUUUGCUUAAAGAUCUUUCUAUAAGAUUUUGUUGCAAAUUGAAAAGGGCCUUGCCUCAAUAUCUUCCUUCUUUGCAAAACUUGGAGAUUUUGAGUUGCAAAGAGUUGGAGGCGUCAAUUCCCAAGGGUGAUAACAUCAGAGUGAUAAACGUAAUGGGAUGUGAUCGGAUUUUGAUAAAUGAAUUGUCGCCCAACUUGAAAAACUUGUUCCUUAGUAGAAAUCAGUACACUAAGUUUCCCCAAGGGCAAAGUUUACUAAACAAUGCCAUUCCAGAAGACUUUGUCCUUAAUGGCUUUGUAGAAUGUCACUCUUUGGAUUUACAUUGCUAUAACUCUCUUUCUACGAUUUCCAUAGCAGGAUGGCCCGGUGUCUCCUUUCCAUUUUUACUAUACUUGCUCACCAAUCUUCAUUCUCUUAGUUUGUCUGAUUGUCCUAGGCUGGAGUCUUUUCCAAUGGGAGGUUUGCCUUCCAACUUGGGGUACCUUGAAAUACUCAAUUGCCCAAAACUAAUUGCUUCUAGAGAGGAGUGGGGUUUAUUCCAACUCAAUUCUCUGAUUCAUAUCAAUAUUAGUGGUCAUGACUUUGAAAAUGUGAAGUCUUUCCCAGAGGAGAAUCUGCUGCCACCAACUCUUGAGUAUCUUACUUUGAAACACUGUUCAAAACUAAGAUCAGUGAACUACAAGGGUCUUCUCCAUCUCAAAUCUCUUGUAUAUCUAUCUAUUUACAACUGCCCUAGUCUUGAGAGCUUGCCAGAGGAAGGUCUACCCAACUCCCUUUUCAGAUUGUUCAUUACUAGAUGUCCAUUACUCGAGGUGAAGUACCGAAAGGAGGGAGGAGAGCGUUGGCAUUCAAUUAGUCACAUCCCUUCUGUAUGGAUUGACGAUUUUGAGCAGCAGGAAUGA